AUGGCGAGUUACUUUAACACGAACGAAUUCAGCGUAGAACAACUUAUGGCUCUCAAUAGUGUCAUAGAUAGUGAUGAGGAUAUGGAUACAAAGGUAGAAGACAUCCUAAUGGAUAGAAACUACAGGAUUGCUCCCAACGACAAGGGUGAAAGCCCAUUCCAGGGAGAAAGACAAUUUGUAGAUGAAGUUGACCGUGAUAUGGAAACAAAGAAGUCAAGACGCAUACCUAAGAACUACAAGGGUAAAAGAGGAAUUAUGCCAACGUGGAAGUACUCUGACAGGCAAAAGGCUAAGGCUUUACUUGUAGAGGAAGCAUACCAGAGCUUACUGUCUAAGGGAGUUCAAGGACUUCCACCAACAAUGGGAGGUAGAUGGCGUACAGAUGAUGUUCUUGUUAAUGAGGAAAUUAAGAGAAUCGAAAACGAAAGGAAUCCUAAGGUAAAGCGUCCCAGAGGUAGACCACCAAAGGCAAAGGUUGAUGCUGAAGUGAAGGUGCCAAAGAAGAGAGGCAGACCGCCAAAGGCAAAGGCUGAUGCUGAAGUGAAAGUGCCAAAGGGGAGAGGUAGACCACCAAAGGCAAAGACCGAUGUUAAGGUUAGGAAGCAAACUGUAGCCGAAAGAUUCCUGAAUCAGAGGAAGGUAAAACUCUCAGUGCCAGUAGAUAGUGCUAUAACUCCAACAGGUCCAGGUAAGUUUACGGUUCACGUGCAUCUUAAUAAGAGACCUGUGAGGAAAGCUCCUGAGGUACCUAAGGGUGUAGCUCCAUGGAGACCGAUACCUAAGCCUAGAACGGUACUUCCUAGGGAAAGACCUGUGCCGAAACGAAGGACUAAGCUUCUUAAGGAAAGACCUGUACCGAAACCUAGGACUAGGAAACCAGUGUCUCCUCCUAAGGUCCGUAAGCCUGUAAGGGUGUCGAGGGAAGUCAAGGAGCAGCCUACAGCGGUUACACCAGAGGAACAAGAAAUCGAUCCAUUUGGAACAGACCUUGAAAAGCCAUUCCACAGGAAAAUUGAAACAGCCGCAAAUGGAGCCGCCGUGACUUACUCUAUAACUCCUCAUUAUAUGGACCCUCUGGACCAGAUGACUGCAAGUAGACAGGUAGUGAGAGGAAUACUUGUGAACGAGUUGAAGAGAAUGGGUGGGUUGAAGUACACAGAGACUCUGAAGGUGAGAAUGUCAAAGGAAAUCGGUGACGGGAAAACCAAGAAGGACUCAGUCUACUUCAAAUCUAAGACUGGUACUGCAACUAACUUCGAGGACAUUGAAAGUACAGCUGCUCAAAACCAACUGACAAUAUUGUCUAGAAUUGAAACCUUCCAAAACUUAGGUUCAAAUUGGAUUAUACUCAAUAUUGAGAGUCAUUACGUAAACAUUGCAAUGUACAAACCGUUAAAGGGUAGUUCAUACAUGGAACUUCCUAAGGACAUUAGUAAUUCAAUGUGUGGGCUCAUCAAUAUGAAGAACAAUGACAACCUGUGUUUCCUGUGGAGUCAUGUGAGACAUCUGAAUCCUAAGGCCAGAAGAGCAACCACUAUCACACAAAAAGAUAGGGAAUUCAUAACGAACCUGGACUAUGACGGUAUAGACUUCCCCGUGAAGAUAAGUGACAUUGAUAGAAUUGAGAGGAAAAACAGUAUCAGCAUAUCUGUGUUUGGUUAUAAGGGUAAGAAACAGUUCUACCCUAUAAGAAACUCCAAGGCUAAAUACGAGGAUCAUAUGGAACUUCUACUCCUAGGUGAUGGUGAAGGUAACAACCAUUAUGUGCUCAUAAAGGAUGUAAACAGGAUGCUCUUCAGUGUAAGUAAACAUGCACAUAAGCAGCACUUCUGUCUACACUGUCUUCACAGUUGCGUUAGCGAGAAGGUACUGGAGAAGCAUAAGGAAACAUGUCUGGAGGUAAAUGGAACUCAGGCUGUAAAGCUUCCCAAGGAAGGGACAAAAAUCAAGUUCAAAAAUCAUAGGAACUCAAUGCCUGUGCCGUUUGUGAUAUACGCUGAUUUUGAGUCCAUACUAGUACCAGAGGAGAGAAAAGAGAAGUCAGAGAACCCUGAGGAAGAAAGUAGUACAGACCUUUACCAGACACACAAGGCUUGUAGUUUUGGUUUGAAAACAGUCUGCCACUAUGAUGAUAAGUACUCCGGUGAGUAUAAGAGUUACGUUGGAAGUGACGCUGCAUUGGUCUUCCUAAAGACGGUAGUAAAAGAGUCCUUCAGAUGUAGGGAAAUGACUGACAAAAUAUUCAGGAAGAAAAUGGUAAUUACACCUAAAGAGGAAGCAGAAUUCCUGGUUACAAGAAACUGCCACAUAUGUGGUUACGAUCUAUGUGAGGACCGUGUGAGAGACCAUGACCAUGUAACAGGUAAGUACCGCGGAGCUGCUCAUAAUAUAUGCAACCUUAAGUACAGAAUUACAUGGAAAGUACCUGUGGUCUUCCACAACCUGAGAGGUUACGAUAGUCAUCUGAUUAUGCAGGAAAUUGGUAAGUUCAAGAUGGAUGUUAAUGUGAUCCCAAAUAAUAUGGAAAAAUACAUCUCAUUCUCACUGGAUAAAAAUCUGGUCUUCAUAGACUCUAUACAAUUCAUGGCGUCUUCACUGGAAGCACUGGUGAGUAACCUUUCACCUGAGGACUUUAGGAUAGUAGGUAAGAGGUGGAAGGGUGAGGACUUCAGUCUAAUUUUUAAUUUUUAAUUUUUAUUUUUUUUUUAAUUUUACAAAUUUGCCAUUAUUAAAGAUAUAAACUAACUAUAAAUUACACACAAUGGCUGGAAUGACCACACAGAGAUAAAAUCUCCAAUAACGGGGUUCCACAACAUACAUAAACAUAACAAUAAUUUACACUAUGGCGUGACAGAUAUUAGACAUACUAAUAAACAGAUAAACAAAUUAACAGGCCACAAAUUGAAACAAACAACGAUAAGACAACGACAUGAGAUCCUAUUUGAAAUUCUGAACUCGUGAAUGAAGUACUAGAGUAAUUUGAAGCUGUUAAGAUUGUUUAUGUAUCGAGCAAGCUAUAUUAAAAUUUAAUGACUGCUUUCCCUAUCACGCACACCGUCCACAACCGCCAAAAUGCUAUACUCAUAGUCUCGUACAUGGAGUUGAACCAUAAGAUAAAGUAAUAUUCAUUAUAGCAUUAUGGUAAUUGCAUUUGGCACACGCAAUAAGGGAUCACUAUAUAAGGUUCGAUUGACCUAACAACAUGGUCUAGAUAAUAAGUUCCAUAAAGGACGACUUGUGUGACAUUUCACACAAACUGACUUAAGAGUUCUCGGGUCAUCGGGGUUGAAAACACUGUCCGUUAGAUCUUUAUAGUGCUUGCGUAGUAUUGUUUUGAAUGAUCCUAUAGACUUAGUUGUGUCUCUAAUAUAACGAGGAAGAGUGUUCCACACGCUCGCGGCUCUAAUAUAAAAACUGCUCUGGUAGUUGACAGUUCUGCACUUUCUCACAUUUAGGAAAGUUCCAUUACUUGCUCUUCUUGUUUCUCGUGUUGAAACUUUGACCGAGAUAUUACUGUCAGAGUCAUUUAUGAGACUUUUAAAGAAAUAAAUGAUGUCUAAAUAUUCAUGCCAGUAACAUAGAGGGAUGAUGCCAAGGAUCUGCAAUCUUUCUUUAUACGAGUAACACAAAAUAAUCUAGUAACACAAAAAGGAGUGUUCCCAUACGAGUUCCUCGAUGAUAUUAGCAAACUUAAUACAAAAGGUCUCCCGAGCAAGGAUAAGUUCUACUCGUCACUGUAUGAGUCAGAGGUGAAGGAGGAAGAUUACCAGAGAGCUCAGAAAGUAUGGGAUCACUUCAAGAUGAAAACCAUGAGAGACUACCACGACCUCUACUUGGAGACUGACGUUCUUCUGCUGGCUGAUGUGUUUGAGAACUUCAGGAGAACAUGUCUGGAAAGUUAUGAACUUGACCCCGCACAUUAUGUGUCAGCACCUAGUCUGAGUUGGGACGCUUUCCUGAAAAAGUCAGGUGAAGAAAUAGAACUCGUAAGCGAUAUGGAUAUGUUUCAGUUCUUCGAGAAGGGUAUGAGAGGUGGUACAAGUUAUAUUGCUCAUAGACACUCAGCAGCUAAUAAUAAGUGGAGACGUAGGAUGAGUCGUCUGAGAACAAGUACCUAAUGUACCUCGACGCUAAUAAUUUAUAUGGCAUGGGCGAUGUCACAACCACUACCUAAUGGAGAGUUCGAGUGUGUUGAGGAAGUUGAUGGUAUGAAUCUAGAGGAUUACUUGGGAGACAACGGAAGGGGAAUGGUUUUGGAGGUUGACCUGGAAUAUCCACAAGAACUUCACGACCUACACAACGGUUAUCCUCUAGCACCGGAGAGUAAGGAAAUCAGUGCUUCUAUGUUGUCAGAUUAUGCGAAGAGUAUUGCUGAGAAAUUCCAACUGACAAUUGGAGGAGUAAGAAAACUAGUGACUUCACUAGGCCCCAGGAAGAAGUACGUUUUACAUGUACGCAAUCUGAAACUGUACACAGACCUUGGGAUGAAACUCACGAAGGUCCAUAGAGCGGUUACAUUCAAGCAGUCUCCCUGGCUAAAGGACUAUAUAGACUUCAACACGAAGAAGAGGUCAGUAGCCCGUAACACGUUCGAAAAGAACUUCUUCAAGUUGAUGAACAACUCGAUCUACGGAAAGACUAUGGAGAAUCUUAGGAAAAGGGUUGAUGUGAAAUUAGUGUCCUCCAAAGACGACCUCCUAAAACUGACAGCAUCACCGUGCUUCCAGUCACACCGAAUCAUGAAUGAGAAUCUCAUAGUGGUAAAAAGGAUGAAAGAAGUUCUAACGCUGAAUAAGCCGUGUUAUGUGGGAAUGAGCAUCUUAGAUUUAUCCAAGACUCUGAUGUACGAUUUCCACUACAACACCAUUAAGAACGAGUACGGUAAUAGUUCGAGGUUACUGUUCACCGAUACUGACAGUCUAAUCUACGAACUGAAGACGGAUGAUGUAUGUGAGGACUUUAAGAGGAUUGGUGAAGAGCAAGACUGCUGGGAUAAUUCAGAUUACCCAAAAGACAGCCCUUAUUACUCAAGCCAUAACAAGAAGGUUAUAGGUAAGUUUAAGGAUGAAGCUGGAGGAGUACCCAUAAUUGAGUUUGUUGGGUUGAGGUCAAAGAUGUACUCCUAUGUCAAGGAAAACGGUGGGGGUGGAAUGACAGCUAAAGGGGUUAAGAAGUAUGUCAUCAGAAACAAGCUCACUCAUGAGAACUUCAAGAAUGUAAUCAACACGAAAGGUAGGAUGAGACACAACAUGAAUACAAUCAGGAGCACGAAGCAUACAAUCGGAACUUAUGAAAUGAGGAAGGUUACUCUGAGUUGCUUUGAUGAUAAAAGGUAUCUUCUGGAGGAUGGAGUUACCAGUUAUGCUUAUGGUAACAAGAAUAUAAAAAAUAGUGACUGAGAAGUUCCCACAGAGUAGAAAGUAAUAAUCCUAAAGGGUAAAUAAGCAGGAAGGGCCGCCUGCCUUGUGUACCCCCCAAGGAGAAACUAAAAGUUGUCGAAGAGGCUUUGGAAUAGUAAAAUUGGACGAUAUUGGAAAAGUCUAGUUGUUUGAGGGUUUGGGAAUCCCUGAUAUUUUAAUAGAAGAGAAUGGUGAAUAG